UAUCUAACCUAAAAAUUCCAAUUUGUAAAAUGAGCCCUUUCACGAUUUUGUUUGAAUUAUAACAUUAUUAAGAAUGUUUAUUAAAAAACAAGAUUAACCAGACAUCGAUGUGGACCCAAUCUGAAAAGUUUUACAGCAUGAAAUCUCUAUCUAAUAUUGUUCAUAAAUGCCAGAUGUGUUCGUUCUUCACAACCUUACCGCUUUUUAUGGAAAGUCAUUCCAAACGCAACCAUUCUUUAAUGAUACAUUUCAGCUGUGAUGACAAUGUAGAAACUUAUCGCUGUCAUGACUGCAACUUCCAGACAGAUUUUAUCAUUACUUUGAAGAAACAUGUUAAAGAGUGUCACCCAAGUGGAACGAACAACCUCCAGCCAGAUAUCAAUUACAGUAUUCAGAAUUACAGUUGUAAAAAUUGCGAUCUAGAAACCCAUUCUUCGAUUAAAUUUCUCCAGCACAAUACAGCUUGUCAAGAUGCUCAGCAACCAACACCCAAUUUAAAAUUACACAAAACUGGAACACAUUUACAAAAAGUUUGCUGGUAUCCAUGUGAAAAAUGUACUUACAAGGCCAAAUCAAAAGUUCAUUUAAGAAAACACGUCUACGCCAAACACACAGACGAAAACGACAUCAAAUGGCAGAAGUGUAAUCAUUGUCCACAUAUGGCAAAAACCUCAGAACAUUUAAAACGUCAUAUAAAGCACCAACAUUUGGGUGAUAAAACCCAGUGGUAUCACUGUGAGAAAUGCCCGCACAGAACCAAAUAUAAACAUGGAAUAAAAAUGCACAUGAGAAAUGUACACAGUGAACAAAAACCAGUACAAUGCGAAAAGUGUUCACGCGCUUUUAAAAGUAUGACUGGCUUAAGAACUCACACGCGUCUCAUGCACAUGAAUUUGCAGGGCCUCAAGUGUGAGAAGUGUCCUUACAGGACAUUACGUCCAAAGGAUUUAAAAGCUCAUGUAAUUAACAAACACUUGGACGACAGCCAGAUUCAGUGGCAUCAAUGUGAACAAUGUCCAUACAAAACUAAAACCAGAUUGGUUUUUAGACAACACGUACGUGAAAUACAUCAAGAUGGUAAGAAAUAUCGCUGUGAUCACUGUACAUUUAAAUCACGUAGUUCGUUGAGAUUAGUAGACCAUAUAAACACCAAACAUUCACAAGGCAGUGAAAUUAAGUGGUAUCAGUGCACAAAGUGUUCUCAAAAAUAUAAAUCUAACUCAAGUUUAAGACAGCACCUGCGCGUGCAGCAUGAGGAAUUCCGUGGAAGGUAUAAGUGUGAUCAGUGUGAUUUUAAGUCAGGUAGUUCGCAAUGUUUAAAAGACCAUAUAAAUUGCAAACAUUUAUGUGACACUGAAGCUGAGUGGUAUCAGUGCGAAAAAUGUCCAUUUAAACAUAAAAAUAAAUUGUCUUUGAGGCAGCACAUACGCUUGAUACAUUGAGGUGUUCAGUCAAUAUAA